UUUAUAACAGUGUUUGGCCCACACCAUACGAUACCGUGCCCCUCCCCCAAUGAACGAUCGCACUUUCAAAUAAAUAAUAACACCGUGCUGCGACAAUAAGCUGUAACUCAAUUCUCGAAUCUCCGAUUCGCCGGAAACUCUCCUCCGUUCACGAAUAGGUCCAGCCACUGCUUUUCACCGAAUUGAAUCUCGUCGGCGGCGACGGAGGAAACCUAAUUUGCGAACUUCAUUUUCUUUUGCGAACUCCGAGGAAAUUUGCAUAGUGAAACGGCGUUAGUGAAGUUUAAAUAGGGUUUUCGAGGUCUUUGAUCCGGUGGAAGAGCCACCGGUGCACAAGGCUCAACGAGAAGAGGACAGUAAUUGGAAUUGAUUUUUGCUCGAAUUGUGCGCCGUAGCUGCUGUGCUUCGAUGAGUUAUUGAUUUCCGUGCUUAAUUGCGACAUAGCUCUGUUCAGACAGCAUGGGUUACGAUUCGGAUAGCCCCUCGCAAGAUGGGAGGGACGAAGAUGAUGAAGAAGAAUAUGAGGAGUCUGGCAAGGGUAAUCGUUUUCUUGGGUUCAUGUUUGGAAAUGUAGAUAAUUCCGGUGAUCUGGAUGUUGAUUAUCUUGAUGAGGAUGCAAAGGAGCAUCUUUCUGCAUUAGCUGAUAAGCUGGGUCCAUCUCUGACAGAUAUAGAUUUGUCAGGAAAAUCACCACAAACGCCACCUGACGUUGUUGAACAAGGCUGUGAUGAAAAAGCUGAAGAUGCUAUUGAUUAUGAAGAUAUUGAUGAAGAGUAUGAUGGUCCUGAGACAGAAGCUGCCAAUGAAGAGGACUAUUUAUUGCCAAAAAAGGAAUUUUUUGCUGGUGAAGCCUCUGUUCUUUUGGAGUCCAAAAGUUCCGUCUUUGAUGAUGAAAAUUAUGAUGAAGAAUCUGAAAAGGAGCAAGACUUUGUGAAUGAUGAUACUAAAGUUGAUAACAUCUCUUUAGCUGGGGAGCAGGAAGAGAGUUUUGUGGAUGCAUCUAAGGAUGAGAGUUCUCUUGAACAUGAAUUACAUGUUGACUCACUGCAGACCGAAGAAUUGGAUGCUGAUGAACAAAAACUUGAGGAGGAAGGGCCUGAAGUUCAGAAAAGGUCAACGGCUAUGCCAUUGCCUAUUUUAUAUGUGGAAGAUGGUUUGGCAAUUUUACGCUUCUCUGAAAUCUUUGGCAUUCAUGAACCUCUCAGGAAGGGAGAAAAGAGAGAACAUCGACAUUCUAUUCCUAGAGAUAGAUACAAGCCUUUGGAUUUAACUGAUGAUAUAGUAGAAGAGGAUGAAGAGGAAUUCCUCAAGAGCUUCUCCCAGAAUCUCUCACUCACUAAACAGGUUUGUGUAGUUCAUAAUGACAUGUCAGAAAGCAAUGAUGUUGACUUGGAGUUUCCAAAAUUUGGAUUUCUUCAUGCGGAUGCCUCAGUGGCCAUGAAAGAUGAUCAACAACCAAAGGACUCGUGUCUUAGUGCUGAACCAAUGAAAGAGGAUUUUGAAGAAGAGCGUUACUUGAAAGAUCAUCCUUUCAUGUGGGCUGACUUUUAUCCUCUUGAUCAGCAAGACUGGGAAGAUGAAAUCCUUUGGGGCAAUUCUCCUGUUCCAAGUAAUAAUAAUGUUGAAAGCUGUGAAAUUUCUGGACCUGAGUUGGGAGCUUCUGGUGGCAGUGAAAUGGAAAUAGAAAGUGGGAUCCAGACUAUUCAGAUGGUGCCUCAGAAGAUACCAGAGGAUAAAGAUCAUAAUGUUUUCAUGUGCAGCUCUCCUGUCUCAUUAGAGCCCUUUGGCUCAAGGGAUUCUUCUGGAUCUGAGACCAAUUUAAUAUCCAGAAAUCUAUUUCACCCGCAACUUUUAAGGCUAGAAUCCAGAUCUGAAGUGGAUAAUUCUAGUCUUGCAGAUGCCAGAGAGGCGGAGAUAUCUGAGCAUAAUCAAAGUGGUCAAGUAAAGCGUUUUACCAAGGUUAUGUCACAAAACAGAGACAUGAUGGAGGGUUCCUGGUUAGACAAGAUAAUAUGGGAGGAGCUUGAUCAACCGAUGGUGAAACCAAAGCUUAUUUUUGAUCUUCAGGAUGAUCAAAUGCACUUUGAAGUUUUAGAUAGCAAGGAUGGUACACAUCUUCGCCUUCAUGCUGGGGCUAUGAUUUUAACCCGUUCUUUGAAAUCAAGCAGUGGGGACUCUUCUGAGCUACUGGGACAUGGAAGUCAAUAUGGAUGGCGAUACGUUGCUAAUGACAAACAUUAUUCAAACCGUAAAACUUCUCAGCAACUUAAAUCCAACUCCAAAAAACGCUCCGCUCAUGGUGUCAAAGUUUUUCACUCACAACCUGCACUGAAGCUGCAGACAAUGAAAUUGAAGUUGAGCAAUAAAGAUAUUGCAAACUUUCACCGGCCAAAAGCAUUAUGGUAUCCUCAUGACAUUGAGAUGGCUGUCAAGGAACAAAGGAAACUGCCUACGCAAGGACCCAUGAAAAUUAUUAUAAAGAGUUUGGGUGGCAAGGGGAGUAAACUGCACGUUGAUGCUGAAGAAACUCUCUCUUCUGUUAAAGCAAAAGCUUCCAAAAAGCUAGAUUUUAAGGCAUCAGAAACAGUGAAAAUAUUUUAUUUAGGGAGGGAGCUUGAAGAUCACAAACCACUUGUUGCACAAAAUGUUCAGCCAAACUCCUUGUUACAUCUUGUUCGUACAAAGAUACAUUUGUGGCCAAAAGCACAACGGGUUCCUGGUGAGAACAAGUCCUUGCGUCCUCCUGGGGCAUUUAAGAAAAAGUCUGAUCUGUCUGUAAAAGAUGGACAUGUUUUUCUGAUGGAGUAUUGUGAAGAAAGGCCUUUACUUUUGAGUAAUGUUGGAAUGGGUGCAAGACUUUGUACAUAUUAUCAAAAAUGCUCACCAGAUGACCAGUCUGGCUCCUUAUUACGCAACACAGAUAUUAGCUUGGGGCACAUUAUUUCUCUGGAUCCUGCUGAUAAAUCUCCUUUCCUUGGAGAUUUAAAACCUGGCUGCAGUCAGUCGUCACUAGAGACAAAUAUGUAUAGAGCACCUGUAUUUUCUCAUAAAGUUCCGUUAACGGACUACCUGCUGGUUCGUUCAUCAAAGGGAAAGUUAUCAUUAAGGCGGAUUGAUAAAAUUAAUGUUGUUGGACAGCAGGAGCCUCUCAUGGAAGUAUUAUCUCCUGGAAGUAAAAAUCUCCAGACUUACAUGAUGAACAGGUUAUUGGUACACAUGUGCCGUGAAUUCCAAGCAGCAGAGAAGCGGCACUUGCCUCCUUAUAUCCGUGUUGAUGAAUUUCUCUCACACUUUCCUUACCAAUCGGAAGCGUCAUUCCGGAAGAAAAUCAAGGAAUAUGCCAAUUUACAGAGGGGAACAAAUGGACAGUCAAUUUUGGUUAAAAAGCGAAAUUUUCGCAUGUGGUCAGAGGACGAAUUGAGAAAAAUGGUUACACCAGAGCUUGUUUGUGCCUUUGAAAGCAUGCAAGCUGGCCUCUACCGUCUAAAACAUUUGGGAAUAACUGAAACACACCCUACUAAUAUUUCAUCUGCAAUGAGUCGGCUUCCUGAUGAAGCAAUAGCAUUGGCUGCUGCAUCACACAUUGAAAGGGAACUGCAGAUUACUCCUUGGAACUUGAGUAGCAAUUUUGUUGCUUGUACAAGCCAGGGUAAGGAAAAUAUUGAAAGAAUGGAAAUUACUGGUGUUGGUGAUCCAUCUGGUCGUGGCAUGGGUUUUAGCUAUGCCCGGGCACCACCUAAGGCACCAGUGUCUAGUGCAAUGGUGAAGAAGAAAGCAGCUGCUAACCGCGGAGGUUCUACUGUUACUGGUACCGAUGCUGAUUUACGUAGAUUAAGCAUGGAGGCUGCACGAGAGGUUCUUCUGAAGUUCAAUGUUCCAGAGGAAGUCAUUGCAAAACAAACUAGGUGGCAUCGCAUUGCUAUGAUACGUAAACUUUCAAGUGAGCAAGCUGCAUCUGGAGUUAAGGUUGAUCCGACAACUAUCAGCAAAUAUGCUCGUGGCCAGCGAAUGUCCUUUCUUCAGUUACAGCAGCAGACCAGAGAGAAAUGCCAGGAGAUUUGGGAUCGACAAGUUCAGAGUUUGUCAGCUGCAAAUGGUGAUGAAAAUGAAAGCGACUCAGAAGGGAAUAGUGAUCUGGAUUCUUUUGCUGGAGAUCUGGAAAAUUUACUUGAUGCUGAGGAGUGUGAAGAAGGAGAAGAGGGUACCAAUGACUUAAAACGUGAUAAGGGAGAUGGUGUUAAGGGUCUUAAAAUGAGAAGACGCCCAACUUUGGCUCAGGCAGAGGAGGAAAUAGAAGAUGAAGCAGCUGAGGCAGCUGAAUUAUGCAGGUUGCUUAUGGAUGAUGAUGAAGCUGACAGGAAGAAAAAGAAGAAAGCUAAAGGUAUGGUGGAAGAAGCAAGAUUGGUACCAAAGAUGCAAUCAAAAUUUGCCUUUGACAAUUCUGAACAAGUUAAGCAAAUAACAAAUAGUUUCCAAUUAGAUGGAACUAAUCACUUGAAAGAGGAUGCAAUCACAGAUCUUAGGGAGGAGGAAAACUUUCCUGCUAAAAAAAGCAAAUCACUGAAGGUCAAUAAAGCCAAAAGGAAUGAUAUUACACCUAUUAGUCUACCCAAUAAAAAAAUCAAAUUGAAUAUGGGAGAAGGAAUCAAGAACCAGGUGUUUAAGGAGAAAAAACCAUCAAGGGAAACUUUUGUUUGUGGGGCAUGUGGUCAGCUUGGGCACAUGCGAACGAACAAGAACUGUCCAAAAUAUGGUGAAGAUCUAGAUACUCAACUUGAAUCUACUGAUAUAGAAAAAUCAUCUGGAAAAUCCAGCUUUGUGGAUCCAUCUAGUCAAUCCCAGCUUAAAGCCCCCUCCAAAAAGACACUGUCAAAAAGUGCAACAAAAAUUGCUCCUGUUGACAAUUCAACAAAAAUUCCACUGAAAUUCAAAUGUAGUUCCACGGAAAAAUCUUCUGAUAGACCUGCAAUAGAAACCCUGCAGAGUUCUGACAAGCCAGUGACUUCUGACUCAGAAACUGCAAAGUCUGCUAAGGUCAAUAAGAUAAUUAUUCCCAACAAAGCGAAACAGGAUGAUACGCAGGCUGAAUCUCAUAAACAUGCUAUUGUUAUACGGCCUCCUUCUGAUUCAGGUAGAGGUCAGGUUGAGCCUCAUAAGUUCCCAAUUAAAAUACGCCCACCAACAGAAAUAGAUAGGGAGCAAAGUCACAAAAAGAUUAUUAUAAAACGUACUAAGGAGGUUAUUGAUCUGGAACUGGACAGUCCUGGGGCAAACACAGGACAUCAACACAGAAAAACUAAAAGAAUUGUUGAAUUGUCAAAUUUCGAGAAACAUAAAAAACAGGAGACUAUGUAUGGAACUGAAGGUUUUGCAAAAUGGAACACUAAAGGGGACAGAAGAUGGUGGGAAGAGCAAGAGAAACGGAGAAAUGAUGCAAGACUUCGAGAAGAAGACAGAGCAAGGAGGCAUCACAAAGAAGAAAUCAGGAUGCUCAAAGAGCAAGAAAGGUUAGAUGAGAUUAAAAGAUUUGAAGAAGAUAUUAGAAGAGAGAGAGAGGAGGAAGAACGGCAAAAAGCUAAGAAGAAAAAGAAGAAGAAAAAGCUUGAUUUAAGAGAUGAGUAUCUAGAUGACCCCAGACCAAGAAGAUAUGAUAAGAGAAUGCCAGAAAGGGACCGGAGUGGAAAAAGGAGAUCUGUUGCUGAGUUGGGAAAGAUUAGUGCAGAUUACAUGCCGCCAACAAAACGCCGAAGAGGGGGAGGGGGAGAGGUUGGUUUGGCAAAUAUCUUGGAGAGCAUUGUGGAAGCCCUUAAAGAUAGGAGUGAUCUGUCGUAUCUUUUCUUGAAACCGGUGUCGAAGAAGGAGGCUCCUGACUACCUGGACAUAAUAGAGAGGCCCAUGGAUCUUUCCAGAAUCAGGGAGAGAGUACGGAAUAUGGAGUACAAGAGCCGAGAAGAUUUCAGGCACGAUGUCUGGCAGAUUACUUAUAAUGCACAUAAAUAUAACGAUGGACGAAAUCCGGGAAUCCCUCCCCUUGCAGAUAUGCUUUUGGAUUAUUGUGAUUAUUUGUUGCUUGAGAAUGAAGAUAACCUCACUGCAGCAGAAGCUGGCAUUGAGAUUAAAGAUUUCUAAACCAUGAUCUGGAAGUUAGGUAGAGCUAAAUGAUUUUUCAAAUGUAGUGUAAAUUCUUGUUUAAAAAGAUACCAAAAUGCCUCCUGUAAUUUUUUUAACGAUAUCCAAAUAGGGUUGGUUGCAAGUGUAUGAAAACAAGGGUGAUAUAUCAACUGUGUAGCUCAUUGAAUUUUCAGCGUGUAACAAUGUAGAUUGAGGCCCAUUAAAGAAUU